AUGGCAUACAAACACAACCCCACUCCCCCAUUGCUGUGGAAGGUACAGUUGCUUAGCAGGCAAGUCAUUGCAUCUGUGCAUGCUGCUAAAAUAAGUGAAAGGCUAUCAUGCUGUCAAAGAAGACAAGAGGCUAUGGCAGUAAUGACUCCACACUUAUCCUAGCUACUAUUAAAAUACAAGGAGUGAACCUUGUUUUAACCAUCCCAAAUUGAGACAAGGCCACAAAUAAAUAGCACAACUACCACAGCAUAUCGGAGGACACUUCAUGUUUGUAUUACCCUUUGCAGGGAGGGGUGUAUCAACUCUAGGUAGAAAGAAUAGGAUUUUCCUAAUGCAUGAAAGGACAGGUGCUAAGAUUGAGGUUACUAGUGAUAACUCACAAAUAUGUAUUGGAACUGGAGUUUCUGCAGUCUAAAAUCUGUUAAAGGCAGCUAUGCAAACAAGGCUGUCAUAACAAGAGAUCAAAAUAAGAUUUCGGAAUGUGUUUGGAAGCAUACAGUGCCUAACAGAAUAUUGCAGAAUCAAUAAAUGAUGUGAUGCUAAUAACAUAAACACACGGUAGUUAAUAAGGAAGGAUAAUGCAGAAAGAGUAUGGUGCAGUUGGGUAUAAACAAACGAACCAUUUUAUACGUCGGUUUGACAUCUGCUGUAGACUGGUGUUUUGGGUUAUAUGCUUGAUCUAAAAAUGGUUUGGGGGAAUUGCAUGAAAAUGUCAACAUACAAACCUAUUUGCCAUUUUUACAUGUAUAGUAGUUAACAUAUUCUGUAUCAUUUUAAAUAUAUUUUUCAAAGUUUCAUAAUCCGGCAUUUAUUUCAAAGUGGCAUUUUAUACGUGAGCAAGCAACCAGCAGCAUGACAUUCAAAAUGAUAUGGAAUUUCUCUUUUCCUAAUCUUCGGUUAAAGACCUCUGCAAGAAUAUAGACAAUAGGUUAAUGACCCUUCAUUGUAUUGAAACGUUGCCUUUCUCAUUUAAUAAAAUGAGAAGAAACACAGGGGAUGAUGUCUAUAUGAGAAAUGUGAUUAUUCUGAAAGAAAGCAGAAACAGUCACUGAAGUACUGCUGUCAGUUGGCAACUUUGUUAUUGUUGAAUUUGAGACACAGAGAUGGAAAAGAAAAGUUGUGGACCAGGUAGUGAUGUAAAGUCGUUUUUUCUUUCAGCUUCUAAUUUUUCCAAUCUUAAAUUGCUCCAGCAGUUUGCAAAUUCUAAAAUCUUCAUGAAAUUCACCAGCAUCUUACUGUGACUUUCUACUAAUAAAGACAAUGGGUUGAAAAGAAACAAAUCAUUAGAGUAUUGACUGAGCCAAGUCAAAAUUCCUUUGGACAUUGCAACUUCUCAAAUGGAUUUGGUGCAUACCUGCAAUUUGUGGAUGCAAAGUAAAGUGUCAUAAACACAGUGUCUAGCUCUGAAGGCAUUUAUUUUUAUGUGUUUGUCACUGAAUUUUAUGUGUUAUGUACAGGUCAUAUACUGGAAAAUUUUAUCACAGUUGCCAAUAACAGUAACUGUGUAUAUUGCUUACUGGUUGAUUUUUUUAUUCAUAAUUUUAGAGAAUAUAAUUGUUUUAAGGUCCAGAUAAAUUCUUGUGGUUGUAAAACGGUUGUGUUAGUCACAACUUUUAAAAUACAAUAAAAAGAAAUCACAUAAACAAUCUGGCAUAUUUCUUUAUUUUUGAAGGGAACAUCAAUCAAGUUAACACACAAUUAGUUUAAUAAUACUGGCCAAUACAGUCAUACCUCGGGUUAAAUGUACUUCAGGUUGAGCGUUUUCAGGUUACGCUCCGCGGUGACCUAGUAGUAAUGGAGCGUGUUACUUCCGGGUUUUGCCGCAUGCGCAGAUGCUCAAAAUGACGUCGCGCGCAUGCGCGGAAGCGGUGAAUCGCGACCCGCAGAUGUGGGUUGCGUUUACUUCAGGAUGCGAACGGGGCUCCGGAACGGAUCCCCGUUCGCAUACACAAAAUAUUAUGUAUAGAAGAUUACAAAUAUUAUGUUGUUCACUAUGGAAUUACCCUUUUGUGACAAUAUUGCAAUUUACAUGAAUUAGAAGGACUCAUUCACAACCUCUGCCUUGGAUAUUCAGUGUUCUUAACUGGACAGAAUCAAAUCAGAUUUGAUUAAAGUCUCAUAAUGUCUAUUUAGAGUGAAGCCAAGACCUUUCCGUAGUUGAAUGCAAGAAGCAAAGUUGCUUAUGUAGCAUACUGUUGGCAUCAAAAUGGCAACCUGUAUUUUUUCACCAUUUAAUUCAGCUUCACCUUUUCCGCUGAAAAUCCUAUACUUUAAAAAAUAAAAACCACCUUAUUGCCCUUUGAAAUAUUAAGCCCCUUUUUAUAUACACCCAUGAUUGGGUCCUUUGUCCUUUUUGUCGUACUUUUAUUUGGGAUUAAGUUGUGCUUGUGGGUGGCAGUGCAGUCCCCCCCCCCCAUUUUGUUAAGCACAAAAUUUAGGAGAAUUGAGUGGGGGGAAAGAACAUUUUGUUCCAGUUUCAUGCUGCAUUAGCUGCAGAACUUGUUGGGCCUACGCUCUUCAGUCGGCUUAGGAAUCUGUUCUCUCUUAAAGUUUGUAAAGGUGAUGUUUAAGUGGCUGUUCCUUGUUAUGUGUGCUAACACUUAUUGAUUCAAAGUCAUUUUGCCAGUUCAGUAUGGACACUCUGAAAUACUGUUUACAGUUUUGGUAACAUGAAUGGAGAUGGCUUGAGCCUCAAUAAGCUAUUGAGCUCUUCAGGUUAUUGCAGAUGACAAAUUUGAACUGGUUUGCGACUUCUGCUUUUGAGAAAAUUCCCUUUGAAGUAUGAUCUCAGAAUGUUUUGUUCUACUUCCAGAAGGCUCUUUGUCCCCUGAAACAGGAAACCAUUUCAGCAAAGUAAUUUGACAGAAAAUGAAAUAGUAGGCUCUAGUGUUUGACUUACAAUUGCUUUUAUAGGUUUAGGCUGAUGUUUUAGAGCAUUCUAGGAUUCAAGUCUUCAGACCUGAUGAGAUUUAAAUAUUAAUCCUAACUAAUCUGGGUUUGUUUAUAUUAAAAUCAAGAGAAACUUGUGAUUCCCUAUUAAGUCAGGCAGAUUUGAAAACGUAUAGUAGAAUUAGCACUGGACUUCAAAUAUUGCAAAAGUCUUCACUCAAGUUUUUUCCUUUUAAAAAAUGUAUCGGGUGUUCUUCUGUACUGUAUAUAUUACUAGAUACUCUGUUAACUAGACAGUGUUCACCAGGAAAAAGGCAGGGAGAGUGUGAUCCUGCUCAUCGUUCUGGAUCUCUUGACAUCUUUCAGGAUCUUUGACCCAUGGUAUCCUGUUGGAAUGAUUGACAAGGAUUAGGAUGCUGAAUUCGGCUCAUUAAGUACCAGACUAAAAUGCUUCUCUUUAACAUACUGUAACAGGUAACAAACUAAAGUCUUAGUCAAUUAUUAAAACAUUGCCAAGGCCAGGAUGUGUUAUCAAUUACCUCUUCUUUAUAUAGUAAACACCCUCCAAAGCCAACGGCUAUUCAGGUUUGUUCACCUAGCUGGUAUAUAAAACGUAAUUUUUUGUUCUGUCCGAUAGCUUUUAAAAAUGAAUACUUUAUUUGCUGUGGCUUUUAUUGCUGCCUGCUUUCCUGACUUUGCCCACCACUUCGUGCUAAGCAGGUACUAGUUAACUUUAUUUCUAUAUCAUUUGUUUCAGUUCUCCUCUGUAACACAACUGAAAAAGAAAGCCUUGUUUAAUACGUAUGGUUGAUUUUUCCUUUCUCCAGACUGCCUAUCUACCUACCUAUCUAUCAUCUAUAAAAAAGAAUUAAGUGGAUUGCAUAGUGAUAAAGCAGAAUCUUCUCUAUUGUAAGAAGGGAUAGUUGGGAGACAUUUCAAUAAAAGGGAGGAAACUGAGAAUGGCAGAACAAAUCUGUUCUUCCAACACAGAGAUGGUUACAGUGCAGAGUGGAUGAAAAGUUCUUCACUAAAGAGCCUGGUUUAAGUUAUAAGCUCUUAGGAGUGAUCUAAUUGGUUUGGGGGAAAACAAACCCUCAGCACUACUGUACUAAUUCAGUGUACACCAUAUGCAGAUGUUGUGAAUGAGUAUUAUUUGAGUCCUGAAAUGUCAUGCUUCUCUUUUUCUUUUUAAAAGCAAGGGUUUUUACUUACUUUUCUGCUUAAACACCCUAUUUCAUCAUCAUCAUUAUUAUUAUUUAUUAUUAUUAAAAUUUCUAUAUCUGCCCUUCAUCUGAGGAUCAGUUUAGAUUAUAAAAACACAAAAAUGUUUAACAUAGUACCAAAAAACAAAACCCAUUAUCCCCCCACAGUGUUCUUAUUGCAUAUGCAGGAAGGUGUACACUAAUCUGCUAGGACUCCCCCCUCCCCACUUCAUCAUUCUUUUAAAUAUAUCUUUUCCCAACAGCUACAAGAAUAUAACACAAACCAGUGCAAUAUUUUGUGAUUUUUGUUCACAAAUUCCAGGAGUCAUCCAUCUACAUAAGAUCUUUGUUGGCAUCCAACUAUCUUGAGAGACAAUGGAGUGUACCUCUGGGGGUGAAGUCAGACCUCUGUGUUUGUAACCAAAGUGACCUCCCCAGAGCACAAGCCUGGGCAGUGUUGUAUGGUGGUCCUGGGCUCCCUAGACAUAACCCCCCACUUGACCUCACUGAUGUGAACCAAAGGAAAGCAGAGCAAUAUAUUUGACACCAGCUUGGCUGCAGGAGUUGCUGGAAAGAGGUGUACAAGACACCAUCCAACCAUCUUACAGACUCCACUCCGGAUUUGUAUAGGGUUUACUCCUUAGCCUUUUCUUUUCCUGAAGGUAUCCAGCAAGGUAGCAGAGGUUUAGGGUCAGAAUUUUCCUUCACCUAGAUGGACUACCUUCCCAGGUUGACAAGCCCCACCUGCUCCUCACUCCCCUCUAUAGCACAUGCAGAAACCACCUUCUUUACUGUUGGACCCACUGUUGGUCUCAUCCACUCAAUCUGCUUGAGUCUGUCUUCAAACGCAGAGAAAAUCCCUAACUCACCAAGGGUUUGAAACUCAUCAGCUACCCUCACCCAGUUUAGCCGGAAAGGUGAAGGUGUUCCUGGGGUGUGGUCACUGUCACAUGCUGACAGAUUUUAGGAACCAUGGGUGACAUCUGAGUGCUGCGUGGGGACCAAAGGUGGACAAACAUCGUGAUAAGACCUACAGCCAUUGUUUUAAGUCUUCCGGAUCAAUCCAAAUGAGGAUUUAUCUUGCCUAAUACUUCCUGAAGGGACGCAGGUGACGCUGUGGGUAAAACCACAGUGCCUAGGACUUGCCGAUCAUAUGGUCGUUUCGUCUUUCGGUCCCUGCUCCUGCCCACCUAGCAGUUCGAAAGCACCCUUAAAGUGCAAGUAGAUAAAUAGGUACCGCUUUAUAGCGGGAAGGUAAACGGCGUUCCGUGUGCUGCGCUGGUGCAGGCUCGCCAGAGCAGCGAUGUCACACUGGCCAUGUGACCCGGAAGUGUCUGCGGACGGCGCCGGCUCCCGGCCUCUAGAGUGAGAUGAGCGCACAACCCUAGAGUCUGUCAAGACUGGCCCGUACGGGCAGGGGUACCUUUACCUUUAAUACUUCCUGAAAUGUUUCCAAGGUUUUGAAAAUAAGAAUUUUGUGUUGUUUUAUCAUUCUUAUAGUCGUAUAUAUAAAAUUCAGGUGUCUUGCUCCUCCCGUAAUUAUUGUGUUAAUAGGCUUAUCGCAGAAACUUUGACUCUUACUGCUUUUUGCCACUAGAUGGGAGACUAAAGUUAACAAUGUUAUGCUUAGGAAAUCCCUACUAAGUUUUCUUCUAGAAGUUGUGUUUUUGUUUUUUUCAAAAUAGAACCUCACAUUGGUUCCAUAUAACUCUAAUGGGAUUGCAGCUUCUAUACUGAUGUUUUGCAUUUCGAGAAUAAAACAAUGUAGUGCAAUAGUACAGAUUAAUGCAGGUGGAUUCCAUUCAUCUAUUGUUACCUGUCUUUUCUUCCCAAGUGAAAGUGCUGUGUUCAGUGAUCAUGAGGCAAAAUUUCCGAGGGAUGAAACAAGGCAGGUGAGAAUUUAUAUAUGGUUACACAAAAUGCUGCACUUUUAAGAGAAUGAGAACAUUGUGAAAAGUAUUUUUUUUUAAUUUCAUAGAAGUUACUGAGAUUAAAUACAAUGCAAUGGUGAAGUCUCACCUGCUGUUACCUUUUAUAUUUCGUUUUCUUGAUUGCAUUAAAAUGUUAAGUGCAGUGAUGCUGUGCUUCUCAUCUAGUCUCCUAUUCACAUUUUAAAGGAAUGUAAUCUUGCACUGACUUAGAAUGUUGCAAGAUGAACAGCUGUUAGCUGUGUUCUAUUGCUUCUCAAAAGCGUUCUGUUUUGGCUCAUUUCAGCAGCUGAAGUUUAGCUGUACUGUACCCCUGAGAUUGCCCAUUUUGGCAAACCACCUUUUGGUUACAGGUGGAAAUAGAUUUGCUCUUUACUUUCCCCAAGACUAUUCAUUUAGCACAGGACUGGUCAACCUAUGGCUCUGUAAAUGUUGUUGGGAUUCCAACUCCCAUAAACUUCUGCAUUCUCUUUGUGUAUAGUAAAAUAAAAUAAAAUAGAUUGCACUUUCUACUGAGAUGACAGGCUGUAUGGUGCAUUGGUGCUCCUUUGGCAGCAGAGAGGAGGGCUGCCACUGGGGCCAGAUGUCCUUUGCUGCAGGAAGUCAGCUUUGCCAAGGUGGCAGAAAGCUACUAUUACUGGCAGCUGUCCUAUCAGCAAAAGCAAUCAGAAGCUCUGAAAUAGGGAGACUUCCGGGUUGGCGCCUCUGGCAAUGGCGGAUUUCCUCCAAUCGGGAGGAACCCGCUCCGUGAAAAACAGGGUCUGAACCGCCACAGCGAGGCGGAGACCCAUUAAAAACCACAGGCGGGAGAAGCCUGUGGAUGUGGGAUUCGGCUGGCACCUUUGCGCCUCCCCUACUCGCGGGGAAACCCUGUUUUGGGGAUCCAGAGUGACGUGGGGUGAGUGGUGCGGUGCUUUGAAUCGACUGCUUCUUUCACGGAGUGAAGCCGCAUUGCUGUUGCCAGAGAGCGCUGACUUUUUCCUGUGGACAAUUGGAUUUUAGACAACUACUCGUGAGUAAAACGGAAAAUUGGAUUCUUAAAUACUUCAAUUUGGCACUGAAAUGGGAAGGUUAUAAACAGGAAGUCCGCCUCCCGUUUUUGUAAAUAGUCUGAAGCAAAGACGUUACAAGUAAAGCCUUUGAAAGCUUUUGGCAAAGGAUUAAAUUUCCACCGGUUUAAAAAUACAAAACCCCCCUUGGAAGCAGGAGAAGAGAGGGAAAUUUUUGGAUCUAGUGAGCCUGCAGGAGAGAGUGAAAGAAUCAAGUUGCCACUGCUCUGAACCUGGGAACAGGCUGCCAGAUGACGUUUGGAGAGAGUGCUUUUGACAAAAGGAUUUGACAGCUAGCUAAACAAGAGUAAGAUACUGUUUCCAUUGUCCCUUUCUGCAUUUAAAAAAAAAGAGGAAAAGUAACUGAAAUUUUAUCUUUAAUGUUUGAAAUUGUGCUUGAAAGAACUGAUACAAGUGGAGACUGUUUCCCUCUAGAGGAGCUUUUGAAACUGUAACAGGACUGUAACUGGGGGAUUUCCAGCUGCAGAAAAGGAGUUUGGGAACCAGAGAGCGACUUUGGACUAUUUCAAAAUGUUGACAGGAGAGGCCAUUGUGACUGUUUUAUGUAAGAUAAGCUGUUCGCUGGGACAGCUUCACAAGAAGAUGGAUGAUAUGACUCUCAAAGUUGAUAAUUUGGAACAGAAAGUGACCAACUUGAGUCAAAAGCGAACACUAACACAGAAAUAAUUCAGGACUUGGUACAGGAACCCACUUUGGCAGGACAAAUGGUGGAGGAGAAGGAGGAGAAGGAGAAUGCAGCUGUUGUUGAACAUAAAAUAAUACAAGUGAGAUCUGGGGAUUUACAGAAGCAAAUUGGAGAUUAUAAGUUGAGGCCUUCUAUGAUUGAAUCUAGGAAAAGCCAGACUCCGAGGAAUGGAUCCCGGUUUGGAUUAAAGAAGGAAAGUUGGAAAGAGCCCUCUAUGCAGGGACUAACUGACUUUUGGGACAUGGACUCGGGUCUGGAGGAGAUUGAAGUUUUGGGGGCCUUUGGAAUUGGAGGAAUCUUGAAAUAUACCCGGAAAUACUUUAUGGACUGUAGUUUUAACUAUGGAAAUUCAGCUGAUCUGUUCAGAAGGAAGAAAAGGAUUGACAGGUUGGAAUUUCCCCGAGAUUGGCUAUUUAGCAUUAAAGAAAAUGAAGAGGACCUGCAGAAGGGACUUGGAGGAGAGUUGGGAGCCUCGGACAUAAGAUCUCCAGGUUGAUGGACUUUAUGGAAUUGACGGAAAGGACUGGCAGAAUCCGAGACCUGGGAGAGGAGAUGGUGGAAGAUGAUUGAAAAAUUUAAAGUUUAUAUAUAGACUUAUGGUAAAAUGAAUGAGUGAUAGAAAAAUGGUGGAAUGGUGGAAUGAUUUUUUAUUAUUUAUUAUUUAUGGGCUUAACAGAAAUGUUAUAAGGAGUUAAGCACAUAUAAGUAAUUUAGCUUUAAUGGAAAAUAAGGUUAAAAUAAUACGUUAUUUACAAUAUCACAGAAAAUGGAGAAAGAUGGAAAGGAUUUGCUGAAACAAUUAAUAGAAGUGGAACACAAAAAGGGAGGUGUGAGGAGGUCGAGGAAACAAGGGAAUGAAAGAUAGAGUAUGGAAAAGAGAUGAUGUAUGUUUUUAAAUUGUUUUUGUUUUGGGAGUGGGGUUUGUUUAGUUCAGCUUAAUGUGUUUAGUUUUGAGUUUAGGUUGUGUUUUGUAUUGUUUAUAUAUUGUAUUGUAUUGUGUUUUUCCUUUUUUCCCCUUUGUUCUUUCUUCUGUUUUUUCUAUUUUUUGCUUUUUUCUCUCUUUUUGUAAUCUAUAAAAGGAAUAAAUAUUAUUUAAAAACAAAACAAAACAGAAGCUCUGAAAUAGGAUGCUGCAGGCUGUUGAAUCCAGAGCCCUUGGAGGGGCCCAGUCUUCAGGCCCCUAGGCUGUACUGGUCUGGAGCUGGAAUAGUGAAAAAGAACAAUAAAUCACCUGCUCACCUUCUGUUGUGGCCUGGCUCAGAGGACUCGGGAUGUGGCAGUAUAUUCCCCCACAUCACUUGCCCCCCCCCCACUUAUGAUUGAUUUGAUAUUAAAUGAAUGAAUGAGCACAGUACCAGCUAGACUAGGGAGUUUAAAAGUUUUACUGUUUCUUAGGUGACUGUACCUAGAAAGCCUAUGUUGUUUUGAAAUGUAAAUUGUUCUUGUUUAGUCGUUUAGUCGUGUCCGACUCUUCGUGACCCCAUGGACCAGAGCACGCCAGGCACUCCUGUCUUCCACUGCCUCCCGCAGUUUGGUCAGACUCAUGCUGGUAGCUUCGAGAACACUGUCCAACCAUCUCGUCCUCUGUCAUCCCCUUCUCCUUGUGCCCUCCAUCUUUCCCAACAUCAGGGUCUUUUCCAGGCAUUCCACAUACACAAAAUAUUCCAGAAAUUAUAGGAAAAUAUAUGCUAUUGAGUUGUCAUGGCCUUAAAAUGUUUGCAAGUAUUCCAGUAAACAACCACAGCUAAAACUUUGUAACAUUUAAAUCACAUAAUGUGCACUUUUAAUUUUUGUUCCUAAUCUAAUAUUUUGCUUCAACUACAUUUGCUAAUGAUAGUUUUGUAUUAGAAAAUUUUAUUAGUAUUUUUUAUUAGCCACUUAGGCAGCUAACAUGCAUGUACUUCUUUUAAAAUUUUGUUUUCUAAUUAUCAUGCUUAAUUGAUUUGGAUCUGAUUCAGCACAUUGGAAACCUUUGUGGGGAAAAGUUUGUCCCCAGAAGACUACAGCCACAUUCACUGCAAUAUCUUGGUUGCCCAAAUAGCACAAUAUGGGGAAAACGCCCUUAAUGUACUAUGGAAAUGUAGCAGUAACAGCCGCAGACUAACUCUGUUGGAACCAGAUAAUAUAAAUCUUUAUCACUUUUAAUGUGUUUAUGUAGGUAGAAUAUAAAAUUGUAAAUACCUGGAACAGCAUACCGGUUUUGCAUGCUCCAGUGACUAUCACAUUUAAACCUGGUGUUCAAGGCUUAGUAAUGGAAGUGAACUCCUUAUUCUUCGAUGAUCCUCCAGCUCCACCUGGUGAACCUGGAAAGCCUUUUGAUGGCCUUUGGGACUAUGAAGGUGAGGUUUUAUGAAGGGUAUACAACACAAAAAGUGGUAACGUUUCAGGCCUAGAAAAACUAAUAUUGAUUCAACUGGCAGUUUUUUCUAGUAGUAUUAAUGUGUAUCAAGAGCUCAUGUGUACAGUGCUUCUUGAGAUGAAGCAUUUCCUGUUAACUGUAUUGCCAAACAAGUUCAAAAUGAAGGAACAUUGUGCAUUUCUUUUUAAAAGUGGCAUGAGCACAAACUGGAAUAGGUGGGAUGUUGUAGAGAUGGAUCUCUGCUGGCAAAGGGUCAUGCCUGUUGAGGUUGUGUGUGGGGACUUGCUAUGCUGUAAAUAGUUCAAUGGGUAUAUAUCUAGAGAUGGCGGCUCUUUCUUUCACAGUAGCCCAAAAUGUGGCUUGGGCAAACUGGAUCUAAGGUCCCUUCAUUCAUUGCAGAGACCCCAGGAUCAUGCUCCCCCCUAUUUCAGCCUAGAGUUGGCAAAGCCAGUCCCUUUGAAACCACUGUGGGAGAACUGGAUGUCUGUACCUCAUGCCUCUUCCACUUAAGGUUGCACAGUCCGAUCAUUGUUUAAUCCUGGUCAUUAUUUACAUUUGCCCUAUACACACAGCUUUAUUCUUCACUUACUUCAACCCCCGAAAGCUCCUACUAAACAUAGUAGGAUUUUAACUUUUUGUAAUAACAUGAUAACAUUUUAAUAGCCAAGAGCAUUUUGUUUUUGUUUUUUAAAACAAGUCAGCUAGUUCAGCAUGCUGGAGGAAGGACUUUGGGCAUUCCAAACAGCAGUUCCACAUGAAACACAACUAACCUUUUCUAAAAUUGAUGGGAAUUCUCAAAGCAGUUUGUGGUAUGCUAUGAAGGUCUGCUGUUCACCAGGGAUGAAGUAAUAAACAAAGCAUGAAAUAUGUCAUGGAUAUGAAUAAAAGCAGAUACUGGUCUAUAAAAAUACAGCAACUCCUGGCAUGAACUUUAGUGUUCGAGAUACAGAAACCUAAAAUGUCUGCAGUCAUCAUAGAGCACCCAUAGAUAUGGCAGGACCCAAAGAACUAAAUAAUUAGUCCCAUGAACCCCAAAGAGCUUUGAAGGUGAGCCCUUCCUUCCCCUCACACGCAUGUAACAUGGCAAACCACUUUUGAAAUUGAGGGUUUAGAAGAUGGUUUGUUGUUCAAUGGGGGAAAAAGUCAACAGUCUUACUCACUGCUUAUGCACAAGGUUUUGGACAUGACUAAGUCAACAUGUUUUUUGAAUCACAGUGUAUGGAUUACAUGGAGGUGAACCAGAUUCAUCCAGACAUGAACCAGUUUGUUAUAUCAUUACAGAAUCCAUAGAAAGAUCUUAUCUGAAACAAGAACCCAUGCGCUUUUGAGUUAAACUGUAUGUGAAACAUUUAAUAGAUGUGAGAGUGAACUAUGAUAAAGAUGAAGAAUUUCUUGCCUUUCUGAAAUAAUAAUAAAAUUCCUUGGUUAAUUCUCUUUCCCUUUCCUUCCAAACCUCACACACUAGCAUUCUGGUAUUAUUUUUUUCACAGUGGCUGAAUCCUUCUUUUUGAAUAGUGCAACAAGAAACUAUUUGGAAGUGGAAGUCUGCCCGUAAGUUUUGCCAUGUAAACAAAGCAUUGUGUCUAUUACUUUAGACUUUGGUUUAUAGAUGAAGUCCCACACUGUUACAUUCUCCUGAAUGCCUAUCAAUGAAGUUGUCAUCUGAGCAUGUGCAGUAACUAUCUCAAUGUACACACCUCAGCUUAACUGUGAAGUGAACGUGGCUUCUGUUUUCACACAUCAAACAGCAAUAUUUCUCAAGAACCUGUAAGUUAGCUAUAGAUUGUGGCUAGCGUCAAGUUUACAUGGCUUCAAACACCAGCAGUGGGAGCGCACUGGAGCCGGAGUAAACAGCAAUGCAUACACAGCCUGAGCUUUCCUAGCUCCAGAAAACAAUGGCUAAGUCCACCCAAAGUGAAGGCAACAUACUCCAUUUUAUGGCAGCACUCACGACAUUUUGUUCUUUUCUAUAAUCUGCUAUGGAAUUCAUUAAAUUGUUAUGUUGACUGUUUUGUAUUCCUAUGAAACCUGUUUUGACAAUGCCAUUGAUUCCCACCCACCCCUCAUCCUCAUGAUUUUGUUUUGCUAGGCAUGGCCAACAUCUUGUAUUACUUCUUUCUGCAGGAGAUUGUAUUGAGGUAAGUAGAAUUCUGCAUGAAAAUUUUCUGUUGUUAAAUUAAACAAAACAAGCAUUUAACCAAGUGAGGUUUGAUUAGGAUGCUCCCUGUAUAUUUCCUGUUUUAUGAACACAAUGAUUCUCACAUUUGUGUAUGCUGACGUUAUAGAAUGCAUGUAUAAAUCAUUAACAUGACCCCUCUGCAUCUUUGUGGGUGGCUUCAAGGCCGACCGUGCCAUUAGGUAGAGUGAGUCAGUUGCCUUAGGCAGCAGAUGCUAUGGAGUGCCACCCUCUACCUUUUUUCAUCAUCCUGAGUACAUAAAACUUGUGAAUAUUAUUAUAUGCACAUUGUGCACCCAGUCUUCUAUUACUGUGUAAAAUGAAGCAAAAGAACACCAUGUGUUCUUCUUCAGAGUUGCAAACAGCUGCGUGGAAUUCUAUGCAUGCCAAUUUAAAAGUAAGCCUGCUGAGUUUAAUGGGGCUUACUCCUAGGUAAGUGAGUUUAGGAUUGCCACCUAAUGUGACUAUCUUUAGUUCACUGCAGGGAUUAAGAUGAUGAGUAAAACUCUGUAAAAUUGUAGCUCUUUUUAUACUAAUAUUUUUGCACCAAGUUAUUUGAUUACUAUAUGUCCGCUAUUUAACUUAAUGGAGGUCCUGGCCAUGGCAUCAUCUAAAAUGCAUUCAUGAAUAAUUUUCAAUGGAUGUUCAGUGGAAAUUACUCAUAAAUGAGUGUAUGAAAUAAUGGGACCUAGUUUCUCCAGAUCAGAUAAGGUCAUUUUGCUAAAGAAUUUUGCAAGCAAUUGCAAAUAAUGGUACAAUUGGUUGCUGCGGUAUAAUUAAAUCAAUGGUUUUCCACAGUUUGCUUUAUGAGCAGAGUUUAAAUAGCCAUUCUCUGUGUUCAAGGUUUUUUGGUUUUGUUUUAAAUCUCGUUUUCCUUUCUGAUCGCUUUUUUCCCCCUGUUGUGGUAAUUACAGACAAUAAAUUCAUUUCAUCAUCUGCGUUAGUGUUAAGUAACAUAAAUCAUGGCAAUACAGUUAAGCAAUGCCAACACAUCUGCAAAUCAUUUGCAAAUUGGUUCCAUGGAGCUUAUUCGAUCAAAUUAAUUUAAAAAAACCUUUCACCUGUUGGCACAUCCUGCAUUUACAUCAAAGUUUUUAUUAUGCUAUAAAUUUAUCUGAGACCAUUUCCCUUUCUAUUUAGUGCUGAGCAAUUCAGCAUUCCUUAAAACCAUUAUAAGCAAUGCAUAUAUAUUCCCAUAGAAAGGCAUUUUACAUUUAGAAGCUAAUAAUCAUGGGUUAUGCUAUGGAGAUUCAUAAUAAAUUAUUUGCAUACCAUCAUAUUUUAGAAUUUUGUACAGCAUCAAUAUGUUACUGUUUCAGUAGGUUUUUACUGUUUAUCAUGAGUCAGUUUAUAUCUGUGCAAUGUGAACAGAAUAGGAAUUAUAUGGCAUAUAUUAUAAUGAUUAAUUUUUUCAGUUUUUGAUAUACUUUCACAGAAGAUCUUAGAUAAGUAAGAACAUCUUAUUCUAAAAAACUUUUCAUGCUAUAAGAAUGGAAUUGGGGAACACAUUAUUUACUUCUUCGGCAAGCAGUAUCAUAUAAUACGAGAGCAGGUGUGUUAUGGGGAAUAGAGUGUUGGACUUGGAAUGGGGAAAUCUGGAUUGAUAUUCCCAGCUCAGUCAUGAAGCUGGAUAGUCAUCAAGUCCAAUUCAUUAAGUAUCCAUAAUUUGGAGGAUCAUAAAUGGGGAUGUGCUUGCAAGCUCAUGUAUUUCCUCCUCCCUUCUCAUCUGCUGAUUCUCUUCUCCAUUUUCAUGUUGCUCUAACCACAGUUUGCUGUGAUGUCCAAAUCAGGCAAACUAAGGUUAGUAAUCCCCAAAGUCUGGUUUGCAAACCUACUUCAAACCCUGCAUUGGAAGUUAGUACUAUAGUUAGUACUAGUUUGGGGCAUCUCAGCAAAUGUUGGAUAGAGGAAACCAAGGAAUCAGCACUCAAGGCUAUAGGUUUCCGGAUUAGGACAUGAUAUCUGAAAGCUCACCUGGGUGUGUUCUCAGUGACUUUAUGUCAGGUAAAUGUGCAGUAAUUGCACUGAAAUUAAAUAAGAAAAAGAAAUUAAUUUUGUGGAAUCAAGCCUAGCUUUAUAUUUCUCAUUUGUUAUCAAGAAAUAUGUUCAGAUAACAAUGUUUGUACAGAUGUGAAAGGUAUAUGAGGGUGGGGUCUCAGUUUCCCUGUACUUUCUUAAAUCAGUGUUAAACCUGAGAUGUUACGCAAAAUAUAUGGAGGACAGAGUGAAUUCACACACACAAUUUUCCUUUUUAUGUAGUAUACUACUAUUUAGUGUUAUAGCAACAAAUUUUAAGAGUUAUAUCAAACAAUUAUUGUGAUAUUUUGUUUAGGAAACCAUUGAAGUGGAAAUGGGAAGUCUGAUUUAGAAUCAGCAGCUUAAAUCAAACUUUCUCUUUGUGGUUUAUUCAUGAUUUAAGGCUGCAAUCUUAUAUACAUUUACCAAGGAAAGUCCCACUGAACUAAUAGGGCUUAAGACUGUCCUUUAUGGUAAUCUUCAUUUAAUUCACUCCAGCUUGGUUCAAGGUGACUUGUGAAUUCUGCUUCAAAGCACACACAAUUGCCAUGUGAAUCUUAUCUUCUGAACAACAGUUUUGAUUGCAUUUAGACUUUAAUAUACAGCAUAAGAUGCAGCAUCUAAAACACAGAUGAAAAUGUGGCUGUAUCAUUGUUCCCAGAAAAUGAAAUAAGCUAUCUGGGAUGCCAACACCCUCUGGGUUCUAUCCAGCAAUAUACUUGAGGUGAGGAAUACUGAAAGCAAUUCACAGCAGAAAUCCACAGCUGACAGAAUAUUUAUUGAAUAACCUAUUUACUAUUGGAGCUGAACAAAUAAUAAUUCUGUGUUUAAAACCAGUACAGACAGAGCUAACAGGUGUAGGGUGGUUUGUUUGCUUUGCCAUCAUCACUAUUUAACUGUGAUCCUUAAACAAAGGGUUGUGACUACAGCCCCAAAAUUCCAGUUGCUUUGUCACCAGGAGCAAAGUUAUUAUUAGAUCUGGCAGUUGCUGGAGAGAAGAGUGAUGUUCUUCUUCCCAGCUUCAUAAACAAAAUUAAACUGUGGGUGUUAGGAUGGUAUUGAAUGUUAGUCCCAUUCAGAGUAGACAUGACAAACUUUAGCUCAUUAAUUUCAGUGGGUCUCCUCUGAAUAGGGCUUAGUUGAAUAUAAUGUUCAGUUUUGCCUGCAGUUGGCAUUGUGCUUCAGGUUACCUUCCUUGCUGUUUGCAAAGAGGGGAGCAGCAACUUCUACUUUGCUGCUAAAGUUUAUAUACGGAAGCAGUAGGGAGAAACAGGUUUGGGGGGAGAGAAAAAUGGAGACAAGAGCCCUCUUCAGUUAAUCAAAAGUCUGUGAGAGACUGCAUGGAGAUGGGCGCAGACAUAUUGGCCCAGCCCCCUUUGUUCCCAUGCACACUCAUCAUACCCCCUCUUCCCCUGAACUUUGUGUGUUCAGUGCAAAGGUUGGUAGAGGGAGUCUAACCACAUUCAGCUGAAUGUAAUUGGAAUCCUGGGUGGGCCUGGUUUCCUGAUUGUAGGGAGGAUUCAAGCUAUAUUUAGCUGGUUAUAAUCCCCCUGGGUGCUGAAUGUAUGGCAGUCAUAGGGCUCAUGUGCAUGCUCAUUCCUCACUCUAAACCCACAAUGUUCUUCUGAAUGCCUGAAGAGGGCUUUAAAAAGGGAGUCAAGAAAAGAAGAAAUCAAGGAAGCAACGGAAUGGAGAGAAGGAAUCUGUUCCAAAUACAAUGACUAUUGAAAGAUAAUCACCGAGAUCUGGUGUGAGAGUUCUAGGGAUGGUUUUAUAUUUUAUGUUUUAACAUUAACAUUUUUUCUCCCCUAUCCUAUCCCUACACACUUGAAAGACCAGUUACUAUUAUUCCCUGCUAACGGGAGACACAGAGACAUGUCUGAUGUCACACUGUGUGUCCAUGGCAGAUCAGGACUUGACUGCAGAACUUCACAUCUAUGCCCAGAGGCCCUAAAUCAACCUCUGUUUGGGGUUUCAAAUUGUUUUCAGUGGGCCCUACCCUGCUCCUGUGCCUUGUAAUGAUUGCUUGGCAUACAAACAAGAGCAGGUGAUAAUGUUGACCUAGAUGGAGUCAAAAGCUUCAUCUGUUGAUUUAUGCAGAUUAAGUUGCUUUAAAAGAACACAGGUUGGGCUGUUGGGUUUUUUUGCUGGUCAGUUUUGCUGGUAGCCUGACACAUUUCUGAACAUCAAAUAUUGGCACUUGUGGAACAGUGCAAAAUGUAUGUCUGUAAAGACAUUUUAUUCUAGAAUCAAUGGUGUCUGAGCUCAAGUUAACCCUUUCAUGCAUACAAGUAUAUUACAACAUUCAUUCAUUCAUUCAUUCACUUCCUCUUUUAUUCACCUGAGGUAUAUGCAGGGAGGGAAAGAUGUAGAUAACCAAAUCAAGGGGAUGUUUUUUAAACUGCACCCAUCCUUGUGGACAGCAGGAUCUAGAAUCAAUCUACAAUGAAGGCAGCAUGUUGAGGACAAACAUGAAUAAUACUGGAUUGAGAGAAACUGCAUUUUUGUGCUACAAGCAGAUUAGUGUGUACAUAGCCAAUGUCAGUCUACCAAGAUAUGGCCUUCUGGAAAAGGAAGGAAUGGAUCUCUGAGGGAUCUAGCUGGCUCCUAGAGUGGCAAAGAUUUAAUGCAAAUGCUGCCUUUGGCACAUUCCUAUAUCUAAAUUAUUACCCGUCUCCUUUGAUGUUAAUGUUACAACUUCAAUACCAAUAGUUUCAAUUAGGGCAUCUCUGUAAAGAGCUAGUGUAAUUGCUUUUGCAAGCAGCUGGUGGUUGCCUCUUUACAAAUGAAAUCCUGUAAUUCCUGCUAUUUAUUUGAAUUAAUGUUGGCUUCAGGGAUUUAUGCUUCCUUUUUAAUCCGUUCUGUCAGAUGGUUACUCAGAGGACAUAUUGAAAUUGAAACUGAAUAAGAAGUCCACUUACUUUUUUGUAUACUACCUGAAAGUCUUCCAAUGACAUGAAUAUCUUUCUUUGUUCAUUAUAUUAAAGCACUUUCUAAAACUCAAAAGUUGCACUUCUCUUAAUUGAACUUCUGUAUUAAAUUUUUGAAUAGAUAGAAUGGUAUUAUAAAUGUUUAAAACAACAGCUGACAUUUUCACAGAAGCGCUAACAGGAACUUCAAGUGCAGCAAUUCAGUGUUAUCUUGAUAAUUAAGUAUUGUGCUAAACUUUGUUUUAAAAUGGUUAUGUGGCUUAAUAUCUUGUACUGAUACAACUUUAUGUGAAAAUAGUGAUGUCGUUUUUAGAGUGUAUUUUGUGUUCCAUUGUGCAGAAAGGACUUCCGUUGACAUUUAAAGCUGAUAUAAAUGGGGGCACCUGGAAUGGCACAGCAAUUAUUCCUUGGGACUACUUCCCCCCCGGUGUGGACAAGAUGAAUUCAUAUGCAAUCCAUGGGUCUGGUAUUGGGAGAAUGUAUGAGGCACUUUAUCCAAUACCACAAGAAGAGAUCAAAGAGGGGCAGGGCCCUAACUUGUGAGUACAAAACACCCACGUCUCUCUCAAAUUGCUUUCCAACUAUUCCUGAAGCUUCUUUUUAUUCUUGACGGUAACUGCUUACGUAACACAUUUAGAAAAUCCUUCAUUCUUUAUUGGGAUAUACUUGAGUAUUUAUGCUGUUUACUCUUCAUAUUGACAAGUUCAUAGUGUACUGCUAGGACCUAUUUUAUGAAGUGUAAAAGUGGUAAAUACAGGAACACUGGUGACUGGAUCAUGGGAGCAUAGGCCAGUCCUCAUUUUUCCACAGUGCAGUGAACAUACCUUUUCCUCAGCUAACGCUAGAAAUGCUUUUGUGGUGAAGGAUAACUAUAUAUUAUCAGCCAACAUCCAUUAUGUCUUCUUGUGGAUUCUAGAAGGCUUGUUCAGUCCUGUAUUUAGCACAUAUGGCUACCAAUUGCAUAAGUUGUUGUGGUUGUUACAUUUAUAUUCCACCUUGCCUCCAAGGAACCCAUUAUAAUAUCGCCAUAACCCUGUGAGACAGGUUUGGCUGAGAGACUGUGACUGGCCCAAGGUCACCCAGUAAGCUUCUUGGCUGAGUGGGGACCUCCCUAGUCCUAGUCCAACCAAUCUACCACCCUAGUUCUUGUCAUUAUGGAGGAAUCACAACUAGCACUGCCAGGGCCGAAUUUAGGUUUGAUGAGGCCCUAAGCUACUGAAGGUAAUGGGACCCUUUAUAUGUCCACCUGUCCUUUGUCAACAACAAAUUGUCACUGUUUUUUGUGUUGAAUAUAUGCUAUAUGCUAUAUGGUAAUUUAUGGACCUAAUAGGUAUCUAAAGCCAUUUGCACAUAACAAAUAGGAGCCUACACAACACAAAAUACUGUUGCUGUAUGUAGGUUCUAUUUUAUUUGUUUUUUAUCUUAGAUUUUGGAAAUGUGCAUCCAGUUUUUUUCUUUUAAAUUUUGUGGGGGCCCCCAAGAGAGUGGGGCCCUAAGCUAUAGCUUGUUUAGCUUAUAUGUAAAUCUGGCACUGGACACUGCUAAAAACAGUAUGAAUUCCCCUUUGGGAAUGACAGGUACUGAUGAUGUUCCAUUCUAGGGAAAACUACAGAAAAAGGCAUUGGUACACCAUUGGAUUGAAUGGGGAGGGGGCAGCCAUUUAUCUCUCCAUAUAAUCUCCUGAGAUUGUACAAGGAGAAAAUGAACACAAAGAAGAGACCCAGUGCUCAGCCACCUCAAUGAGUGGAAUACCAAGCAAAUUUGGAUUCUGAAGAUGGCCUGCUUCUGAUUUGCACUUCAGCCCAGGAGGUGCAGAUCAGGUGAAUCUACAUUAGAUGCUCCUAUUCAAAACAGUAUUACCCUAAAGCUAUCAUUAUUACGUAUGUUUUUCAAAAAAACUUUCUAUAUAUAUUAACUACUUGUGCUGAUAUACUUAUGUUUUGUUGAUAGCCAUCUUCUAGAAUAUUUCAAAGAUUUCAGUCUGAAGGACAUAAUGGGAGAAGACUGGAACCAGCCUCCAUCAGAUCUGUGGUCAUAA